AGACCUCGAUCGCCGCUAUCCUGCCUGGAGAGAGAGUCGGGCUAGGCACUUUUGCCGUCUUCAGUCGCCUACAGCAAGCGGAGAAUGAGCUCAGUGCUGGGAUCAGCGUGCCUGGGAGCCUACACGUUCUGCGCGCGGCAGCACGGGCAGGAGGAAUGCGACAGUAAGGGUCUGCCCCUCACUCCCUACUCCAUCAACGUCGCGGGCCGCUUCCAGUCACUGCUGGAGCUGGACCACGGCGGUCUGUGUGCCUACCUGGACAUCAAGAGAAUCAGGAAUGAGAGGCUACUGGUUGUGUCCGAAUGGUACGAGGACAGCGUGGAGAAGCACAUGCAGUCUCAGCAAACAAACGUUGUGGACUCGCUGCGAAGACUGGCUCACCAGGUUCUUGAGGCGCUGGCUUACCUCAACCGUCACAACAUAGUCCACCACUGCCUGGCCCCUGACAACAUCUUGUUUACUCCACAGGUAUAAUUAUAAUGCCACUGCAUGUAUGGUAUAGUGGCUGUUUUGAAUGUGUGUGGACCACUGAGUACAUUGAAGGUAGCAAUGGAAGUGGCAAGAAAUGCGGACUAAAAACCCAUUAUGGCAGUACUGAUGCGUGAUUCACAAGUGGUGGACUAAAAACCCAUUAUGGCAGUACUGUUGCGUGAUUCACAAGUGGUCGACUAAAAACCCAUUAUGGCAGUACUGUUGCGUGAUUCAAAGUGGCAACAAACAACAAAACGUUGCCAUGGUGUGAUGGUGGUUUUGAAUGUGUAUGUACGUAUGUAGGGAGAUGUGAAGCUGCAUAACUAUGGACUGUAUCAUAUGACAGACUGUGGAAGAGCCGUCAGGUUUCCUAUUGGGUCCCCUCGUCAUUUAGCUCCAGAGACUAUCGUCAAAUCUUCUCCCUCCCUCUCUCCCAAGGUCGACGUUUGGUCACUAGGUGUAAUCCUACUGGAGCUAUAUCUUGGCACACAGUUGUACCCUGACCUCUGUAUCACGAGUUCCCUAUCUCCACUGUUCAAGAGGAUUCUGCUACUAGCACAGAACUUCCACCGCAAGGAAGAGCACCCAUUGACAGGGCUGCUAGAGAUGGAGAAACACAAGACAAGGGAGGAGCCGAUGCCGUCUAACUUGAGGUCAUUUCUGGAGGCCUGUCUCACUCCCCUGCCUUCAGAGAGGCCAUCUCCAGCGGAGUUACUGUGUCAUCCGUUCCUAGCUGACUUACAAAACGACAGGAAAAAGAACGGAGUGAAUUUCUCGUUUCUCCCGAGUCCGUUUAAACAGCUGCAUCGCUGUCAUGAUCUGAACUUUGACCUCCCCACCACCACUCACGGCCCUCCCCCACAGCCGCACACCGUCGCCAGUGAGGAUGACCACUUCGCUGACAGACGUAUCAGAGAGGUGUACUACCUGUGGAGUCUGGCAGGAGGAGAGGUGGAGGCAGAGCUGAGGAAGACAAGUCUCAUUCCCUCCACUCCACCCAUCUGCAGCCUGCCCUGUGUGGUGACUAGCGGUAGAGAGGAACAUGGCAGUGGGAGUGGCCUUGUGACUCACUAUGACAGAUCUGUUCUGCUACUGUCUCUGGACCAACUUCGAAAGAGACUGGAAGGAAUGUCAGUAGCUGAUUACUAUCCUCUCACAGAGACCAGUGGAGGGACAAUGCCAGGUCAGGAGAGACAUGACUCAUCUUCUCUGCCUCUCGCCAUCAAGGAGAAAGAUGUUGAAUACCAGUUCCAUCGUAUGGUGAUGUUCACACGACUACUGGAGAGCUAUCCUCAUUCUCGGUCGCUCGUCAUGGCAGAGGCUGUGGUGGACGUGUGUCCUCUGGUUAGGGCUGAGGUCUGGGCCGCUCUCCUGGGGGUCAAGGGGGACAUACAGGAGGAGUAUGCCGCCAUUGACAAGGACACGGAGCAGCUGACAGACAGACAGAUAGACGUGGACAUCCCUCGUUGCCAUCAGUACGACACCCUCCUCUCCUCUCGCGACGGACACUGCAAAUUCAAACGGAUUCUCAAGGCUUGGAUCGGGUCUCACCCCGCCCUUGUCUACUGGCAGGGUCUCGACUCUCUCUGUGCUCCGUUUCUAGCUCUCAACUUCAACGACGAAGCUCUGGCGCUGGCGUGUCUGUCCACAUUCAUCUCCAAGUACCUCCACAACUUCUUUCUCAAAGAUAACUCUUCCAUUAUGCAAGAGUACUUGGCAGUGUUUUCGCAGAUGAUAGCGUUCCACGAGCCGGCACUCUUCAACCAUCUGGACAGCACUGCCUUCAACCCUGAGCUCUACGCCAUUCCCUGGUUUCUGACUAUGUUCACACAUAUCCUUCCCCUGCACAAGAUCUACUAUCUCUGGGACACUCUGUUGCUAGGCAACUGCUCCUUCCCUCUCUUUGUGGGUGUCAGCAUUCUACAGCACCUCAGGGACGACCUUUUGACCUUUGACUUUAACGAAUGCAUUCUCAUGUUCUCUGACAUGCCUGACAUAGACAUCCAGGCGUGUAUUCAUGACGCCGUACGGGCUUAUCUGGCCACACCCCCAAGUACGUAUCUACGGAAACAUGACCACACCUACUCCCCGCCCACAGACGUCCCACCUGAAGCAUUGCGAGAACCUCUCUCACUAGACGUACUGAGACAAGAAUCGUGUCCGCACAUAUCUGCUCACGACGUAAUAGCACUCUGUGGACUUGAGUACCACGCUCUCGGGUAUGGGGGCGGGGCCAGGGAGAGUGGCCCCACCCACUCAUUAAGGAGCCCCUCGAGUCCCCUACAGAGAAGGGCGGAGGUGGGUAGGAGGAGAGGGAAGAGUGGGAAGGGAGGGAGGAAGGGGAGAAAAGGUGUUCUGGUUGAUAUCAGGUCCCAGGAAGAAUUUCGUGCUGGCCAUGUCCCUGGCUCCCUGAGCCUGCCUCACCAGCUGGCGUUCCAACCAGACGGCUCCCUCACCCCCUCCCUUCCCUCCUCCUCCCUCUCCUCCGUCAGAACCAGUCGAGUCAUCAUUGUCGUCGCCAACAAGGGAAAGAGUGGACCUGAAUUUGCGAGACAACUGGUCCGACUCAGGUUCCCCCACGUGUGUGUCCUCCACAAUGGAGCUGCUGUCCUGCGGUCACUCGGACUACUCACUGCACUAGGGGAAGACCCUUAGCACACCUCUGAGACAGACAUUGUAAUAGCUGUGCAAAUUGUAGCUAUGUGUUUUAAUUUCGUGUGUAGGUUG